AUGACGAUCCCCAUCAGCACAAUCACUACAUUCCGCACGACCUUCAACCCCUUCUCGCAAGCCUCGCGACCUUGUCGCCUCUUUCUCUCACUUCUGCGCACCCCCACGACAACCCCGACUAGCAGCCCCACCCACAUCGACAUCAAGGUGACUCAGCUGCCUCGCAACUCGACCCAGCAGCCCGUGAUGACCAUCGGCUUCAAGGGCGGCAAGGAGCUGAUCCUGGAGGUCGGCAAGCGGGGGCUCAAGAUCGGCGACGUCGUUGAGGAGGUUUCUCGCGUUGGCCGUGCGCUGGAGCGUGAGGCCAGUCUGAAGGGUUGA